CAUCCUUGCCGUAGCCGAGGCUCUAUACCUCGUACGAUCGACCCACUCACCAACCCACCCCUUCCCAACAUGUUCAUUUGAAAAUACAAGCAACCCCUCAACAGGUUCAAUAUCCACCGCCAAGCCCAAAAAUAUGCCACCAACCACCUCAAAAGACUCCCCCGAGCCUCUCUUCCUGGACCACUCCAUCGCUUCCGUCCGUGAUUCGAGCAUUCGAAUGCCCCGCGUCGAACCCUGGGCGACCGAGUACUGCACCGCCAUCGAAGAGCAUCGAUAUGGUGACGCAAUCUGGGCCCGGUACCACAUGGACGGACGAGCCACGAACGAAGGAUACACCAACACCCGCAUGAAGGACGACGGCACCAUCGAGCACGAUCACGUGGCGGUCUACGAUCUGAUCAUGGAAGACGCCCGCGACUAUGCCCGUGAGAGUCCAGAGCCUUUCCGGCAGGCGCUGGCAAUGUACAGCCACACUGAUUCGAUGGAUAAUCGGAAGGAUAUUCUGGACGGGUUGAUGAAGAUUGGGGCUGGUUCGGGGGCUGCAGCUUUGCAUUAAGGUUCUCCGGAGAAUACAUCUUGAUUUAGAUGACAGGAAUACGUGCAUCGCUGCUUGUUUUGGGCUAAGUUGUAGAUCGUCGAAGAGAGAUUUUCACAGUGGCUAAGAAAGGGAUGUGAGUCUUACGUGAAGGGCUGACCUGCUGUCUAUAUAUCAAUUAUUCUGAGGUCAUGUUCAAGUGCUGCAGAGAAACAACUAUAGACUGUAUUUAGUGCUCCGG